GAAGAUAUUUCUAAGCAAAAGUUCAACAAAGAUUAAUUAUCAGGGAUUGCAUCGGCAUUGGAGAUCAAUUCACCGAAGACAAACUUGACCAUAAUACCUGAUAAUACCUCGUAAAAACUUUGCGAGUACAAAAAUUUCACACACCAAAAUGCAAACUCCAAAGGUUUCUUUGCCAGCAUUGCAUUCAACAAGGAUAAUUGCUAAUGAGGUAACAGCAUCAAUACCUCAGAAGAAGUUAUCGUCUUUAAAGAUUUCGUGAAGCAAGAUGUCAACCUCAAAGGUUUCUUCGUCAGCUUUACCUUCAAAAGGCUUAUUACUAGAAAAUAAGGUGUUAUCAACAAAGAAAAUGCCUCAGAAGAAGUUAUCGUCGGAAAAUAUUCUGCAAAGCAAAAUGCAGGCUAUAAAGAAUGCUUACGCAGCUUUGCUUUCGAAACAAAUGUCGUCAUCAAAGAUGUAUUCGAAAAAGAUGAAAUCAAAGAAAAUCUCGGUCGUGAACAGCUUUCCAUCGUGUUAUCGUGGAAUCACUUCGUCAAAUUUGAUUUUUUCUGAUCCAAGAACUACAAAGUUGUAUCGGGGAUUCUUGAUAUAUUUUGUAAAUGAAUCGUACUUACUUAAAGCAAACUUCCUAAAUUACCUUAGCAUUCAACUUGAGGUCGAGGACGUUGAUUCCUAUCGUCAAGAAAUUGAUCGAUUCUUGGAGCGCCAUCCAAACUUUAAAAAGUGACUCGAAGAAUACAACAACUGACAAAGUCUGAGGAAACUAGCUGUAAGUCAUUGCAUCCUAUAUUUAUUAUUCUUUUGUUCCUUUAGGAUUAAACUCAUUCUGCACUUCGAAAUGGAUACAGUUGUUUGCUGGAGCAUUUCCAGGACAGUCCAUUUAAAAUCAAGAAGGAGCUUUUAAGUUUUCUUGAAGUUUGGGAUGAAUUUUAUGGCUGUCGAAAUUUAAAUUCUCAAAAACUCAAGAUUCUUGCUAAAUGUCCCGGACUCAAACGCGAAUUCCUGGAAAACAAUGUUUUGGUGCUAAUGUCGAAUCAAUUGUUUGUUGCUUUUUGUCUUCGCCUGAAUCCUGAAUGGUAUUCAUUCAGUAAACAUUUGCGUUUUAAGGUUCAUUGCUGUCGUCAGAAUUUGUUCUAUCUCAAUCGGUUUUUGAAUCUUAAUAAUGCAUAUAUGUUCAUUUUUAAGUAUGUCACAUCGAGAAGUACAAAUAGAAGCAGCCGUGUAUGUUCAACUCUUUCAAUCAAAUCUUCUGGAUUUAUAAGUUUUCAUUUCAGUCUGUAGAAAAUAUGCAAG